AUGACAGAUAUACUUCAUCAAUCCUCCUCCCAUUUGCCUUCCCCUUCAAGCUCCAUUACUCCCUCAAGCAAUGAUGGUUUUGGCCAACUCAAUCAUUCCCCUCUUAUUAGCCCUGCUCCUGUAGAUUUGUACGGCUCCAAUUAUUGUAGACGUAUACAACAACAAGUAGAAAGUGGGGAGGAAGAGGGAGGCCAAGACGACUUCUCUGUUUUGGCUCUUUUGCUCACUGUUUUCAGGAAAUCUUUGGUGGGGUGUAAGAGCAUCAGUGGUGAGAAUUGUGACAGGAUUAUGGAGAUUGGUUGGCCUACUAAUGUCAGACACAUUGCUCAUGUCACAUUUGAUAGGUUUAAUGGUUUUCUUGGCCUCCCUGUUGAGUUUGAGCCUGAGGUUCCCAGAAGGCCUCCUAGUGCCAGCACAAGAGUUUUUGGGGUUUCAACAGAGUCAAUGCAGCUCUCGUACGACCCCAGGGGUAAUUGCGUGCCAACCAUACUACUUAUGAUGCAGAGGCGCUUGUAUUUGCAAGGCGGUCUCCAGGUAUCCUAG